GAUGGCAAGGAUGGUAUAUAAGAAUUGGGCUGUCAUUCAAACAUCCCACUUUCCCUCCAUAUCUCUCUCAUCAGUCUUCUGUUGAUGGCAAAUUCUAAUGGAAGCCAAGCGAGACCUCCAGCCCCGCCCCCACUCCCCGGCCUACACGGCCCUCCUUCGGGCAGGGCCACGGCUCAAGCAACUCCAACAAGCCCACGCCCACCUCGUAGUCAUCGGGUCCCACCAGACCCGGUCCCUCCUCACCAAGCUCAUCACCCUCGCCCUCUCCACAGGCUCGAUGUCGUAUGCCCGCAAGCUUUUCCUCACCGUCCCAGACCCCGACUCGUUCCUCCUCAACUCCCUCAUCACCUUCUCCUCCAAGUCCAACUUCCCCAACGAUGCCCUCCUGUUCUACCGCAGGAUGGUCCUCUCCAACCUCCCCCCAUCGAACUACAGCUUCACUUCUGUCAUCAAGUCCUGCGCCGACUUAUCGGCUUUAAGCCUCGGGAUGAGCGUCCACGCCCAUGUUUUGGCACAUGGGUAUGGCUCGGACUGCUUCGUUCAGUCUGCUCUGGUGGCGUUCUAUAGCAAAUGCGGGGACAUAGGGGCUGCGCGCAGGGUGUUUGAUCAAAUGCCUGAGAGAAGCAUUGUCGCUUGGAAUUCGAUGAUUUCUGGUUACGAGCAAAACGGGCUUGCUAAAGAAGCGAUCAAUGUUUUUAACUCGAUGAGGGGUUCAGGUUUUGAGCCCGACUCCGCGACUUUUGUUGGAGUGCUGUCGGCUUGUGCCCAAUUGGGGGAUUUGGGCUUGGGGAGUUGGGUUCAUGAUUAUGUGGAGAGGAAGGGGCUUGAUGUGGAUGUGGUGUUGGGGACUUCUUUGAUCAACAUGUAUGCAAGGUGCGGGAGUGUCAACAAGUCACGAGAAGUUUUCGAUUCGGUGGGUAAGAAGAAUGUUAUUGCGUGGACUGCGAUGAUUUCUGCAUAUGCAACUAGCGGUUAUGGACACCAGGCGAUCGAACUUUUCAGCCAAAUGCGAACUCAUGGGCCCCGACCUAAUAAGAUCACUUUUGUGGCAGUAUUAACUGCCUGUGCCCAUGCCGGGCUAGUAAACGAAGGGCGUCGGGCUUUCUCGAGCAUGAAGCAUGAUUACGCCCUGGAGCCUAUAAUUGAGCACUAUGUCUGCAUGGUUGAUAUGCUCGGGCGAGCUGGUCUUUUGAAUGAGGCCUAUCGGUUCAUCAAAGAAUCAAUUCCUGGGGAUACUCCGCUUGCUGUCUGGACUGCAAUACUUGGAGCCUGCAAGAUGCAUAAAGAUUUCGAUCUUGGAGUAAUGGUCGCAGAGCAUCUCCUGGAAGCCGAGCCUGAGAAUCCCGGGCAUUAUGUGAUGCUCUCGAACAUCUAUGCCUUGGCAGGAAGGCGGGACAGGGUCCAGGUGGUCCGGAACUUGAUGAUCAAUAGAGGGCUAAAGAAGCAGGUCGGCUAUACCACGGUGGAGGUCGGUCAAGAGACCUAUCUGUUUAGCAUGGGAGAUAAGUCUCAUCCCGAGACCGGCAAAAUUUACGAAUUUUUAGACGAGCUGAUGUCAAAGUGCAGGGAGAAGGGCUAUACUCCGCUGAGUGAUUCUUUGAUGCACGAAUUGGAAGGGGAAGAGAGGGACUAUGCCCUUAGAUUUCACAGCGAGAAGCUAGCGAUAGCGUUCGGGCUUUUGAAGACCCAAGGCGGAGCAACAAUUAGGAUUGUGAAAAAUCUCCGCAUGUGUGAAGAUUGUCACUCGGCAUUUAAGUUUAUAUCGAUUGUUGCCGAGAGAGAAAUCAUAGUCCGGGACAAGCUUCGAUUCCAUCAUUUUAAGAAUGGGUCAUGCUCGUGUCUAGACUAUUGGUAAUGAAUUUACUAUUGGAUUGACAGUGAGCCUGAUUUUGCUCUACA